GGAGGGGCGGGCGGUGCCGCGCGAGGGCGCAGGGCGCAGGGCGUCGGCGGCUGCGGAGGGGGCCCGGGCGCGAGGCGGAGCCCCGGCGCGCCGCCAGGCUGGUGGGGGGCCCCGGCGGGCCGCAGAUUCCCUCCGGCUCCGGGAGCCGCGGCAGGACCGGCCAGCAGGCGCCAUGGAGGGCAGCCCCAUCCCGGUGCUGACGGUGCCCACGGCGCCCUACGAGGACCAGCGGCCGACCGGCGGCGGGGGGCUGCGGCGCCCCACCGGCCUCUUCGAGGGCCAGCGCAACUACCUGCCCAACUUCAUCCAGAGCGUGCUGUCGUCCAUCGACCUGCGCGACCGCCAGGGCUGCACCAUGGUGGUGGGCAGCGACGGCAGGUACUUCAGCAAGACCGCCACCGAGAUCGUGGUGCAGAUGGCCGCGGCCAACGGGAUUGGACGACUGAUUAUUGGACAGAAUGGCAUCUUGUCAACACCUGCAGUUUCCUGCAUUAUCAGGAAGAUCAAGGCAGCUGGUGGAAUCAUCCUAACAGCCAGCCAUUGCCCUGGAGGACCAGGGGGAGAGUUUGGAGUGAAGUUUAAUGUUGCCAAUGGAGGUCCUGCACCAGAUGUUGUCUCAGACAAAAUCUAUCAGAUCAGCAAAACAAUCGAGGAAUAUGCCAUAUGUCCUGAUCUUCGAAUCGAUUUAUCUCGACUAGGAAGACAAGAAUUUGAUUUGGAGAACAAAUUCAAACCGUUCAGAGUUAUGGGACCCUAUGUGAGAAAAGUUCUGUGUGAUGAGCUGGGGGCCCCAGCCAAUUCUGCAAUAAACUGUGUUCCCCUGGAAGAUUUUGGAGGGCAACAUCCUGACCCAAACCUGACAUAUGCAACGACUCUUCUGGAAGCCAUGAAAGGAGGGGAAUAUGGAUUUGGAGCUGCAUUUGAUGCUGAUGGGGACCGGUAUAUGAUCCUAGGCCAAAAUGGUUUCUUUGUGAGCCCUUCUGACUCCCUGGCCAUCAUUGCUGCCAACCUCUCUUGCAUUCCAUACUUCCGUCAGAUGGGGGUCCGGGGGUUUGGGAGGAGCAUGCCAACCAGCAUGGCCCUGGACAGGUAA